UCUGUGUGCCCGCCAACAGCUGUUUGCUCGCGGGGUGUUUUCAUCGUUUCAUGUUUAUUUUGCUUAAAAUGUAGUUUCUUGUUAAUUGUUUGCUGUUGCACCUGGUCACAUUAUAUGUUACUGUUAAAACAGUCCAAAAAGAUCCACUGAAGUGUCCCAUCAGCAGCCACAGCAUCAGCCAAAUCAGCACUGCAAUGGGUUCGGACUGUGAGUGGUCUGCUGCUGCUGCGUUGGCAGACGACUCUGGCCAUUUCAGUUUCACCAGCGAUGAGGGAACUAGAACCAGCCCCAGUAGCAAAUGGCAGCAAGGCAGGGUCGGCGAUCGGGACAAGGAACCGGAGAAAUCAAUGUUUCUUGUUAGGCAGGAGCUGCUAAAGUCGCGGAGCGAAAUCGAGCGGCUCGCGAAGUCUGAGCAGUGGUACAAGCAGGAGCUAAAGUCACAGAAACACAGUCGCCUGGAGACGCUGGAGCGUCUGUAUGCCCAGGAGCGCAAAUAUCUGAUGGAGAAUCAAAAACUGCAACAGGAAUCAAUGCGACUGCAUGCCAAGUGUGCAUCUCUGGAACAGCAGCAUGAGAUCGGACAUCCAUUGCCCCUCGCUUCGUCUACAUUUGAAAACGUAGAUGGCAAUUGUGGGGACUCCUUUGAAGCACAGCAGCAAGAAGCGCGUCUCGUGGACCAGCGCCAGUUGAUAGAUGUGCUCCGCAAGCAAAAGAAGAUGCUCUUAGAGGAUAUACAAAGGUUGGGUCUGGAGCACGACGAAAAACUGAUGCAGCUGCAGCAGGCCUUGGCCGGAAUGGAGCUGGAAAGCAAACUCAUGACGGGAAAGUGUAAGCAGCUGCUGGACGAGAAAAGCAAGCUCGAGUAUCAUUUGGAACUGAAAGCAACUGCCCUGCGCGGUGUUACAGCCGAGCGGGAGCAGCUGCGUCAGGUCAUUGCCGAGCUAAAUGAUACAUUGCUGACGCAAGAGCGAUUGUUGGCCCUAAAGGAGCAGGAGUUUCUGGAUCUCAAGCAGUACUAUCAGCAAAAGUUGAGCAGAGAAACCAGUAUAGACGUCAUGCACACAAAUAGCUUGAAGUUUCACGAGGAGAUCAACAGCAAGACCAGUGAAAUAGCCACUCUAAAAAAUUCACUGAACGAGCUUCAAUCGGAGCUGAUGGUCAUGUCCCAACUGGAGGCACAGAAUGAGGAGCAGCAGCGCCAGUUGGAGAAAUUGCAGUUUACUGUGCAAGCUCAGCUCUUGGAGCAAGGGAACCUAAGGCAAAGUGAUGGCCUGAAGCUGGAUCAAGUGGAGAAACUAACUAUUUCUCUUAGCGCCCUGCAGGUGGAAAAGGGAGUCCUCAGCGAAAAUCUCCUGGAGGCACUUAGGACAUUGAAAAAUAUGGAGCAGGAGGUGCAUCGACUGCACAGGCAAUAUGCAGAAAUGUGUUCGGAGUGCGAAGACGCCAAACUGCAGUUGGAACUAGAGAAAAUCGAGCUGGCAAAGCUAAGGCAGGAAAGUUCUUUGAAGGAAAGUGCGCUCAGUGAAAAGCUGAAAAACUACGCCGAUGAGUGUCUCAGGCUGGAGGAAGCCAUGGUCAAAGCAGAGGACAAACUAGAUUUUCAAUCGACGCAAGCAGAGAUAUUGCAAAAGCAGCUCAUAAAGAUGGACCAGAAGAAGGAUCAAGUGCAAGUAAACUGUCAAAACCAAAGCACGCAAACUGAAGCCGACGACCCAAAUCUGAUACAACGCAUUGAGGUGCUGGAGAAGCACCUGGCAGAAGUCAACGCCCAGAAAAGGCAAACUGUUUCACUGCUCCAGAAGCUUCUCCAGCAACAGGAUGCGAAGAUCAAGAGUACAUCUGAAAUGGAAGCCGAUUGGCGUCAGCUUCUGGAGGCCUUGCAAACCACUCAACAAAUGGAGCAGGAAAUGCGACUACAGCAUCAACAGAAAACGGUCGAGUUGGAUAAGUUGAAUGACCUCUUUGCUGGACAAAAUGAAGAGCUACAAAAUCUGCAACAGUUGAGCCAGGCCAAGGACCAGGAGAAUCGUCUGGAGCUGGAGCUGCUGAAAGAGACAUUCCAAGAGAAUUUGCAGAUACACUCUGUUGAUUCGAUAAACACACAACGGCUACAAAAUCAGGUGAAAGGUUUACUCGAAGAGCGCGAGCAGAGGACGCGACAGGAGCACAAGGCAGUGGACUGCUUGCGCUCGCUAGUACAAGUCCUCGAAAUGGAGACAGGCAGAAAACUGCACAGUGCGAAAAGUUGGCCACAGCUGGCCAAGUUUUUACGCAAAGAACUGCGAAACGGUAGACUGUACCAGCGAAAGGCUGAAGAGCUCCCAGAAAUCAAACUGAAGCUGGCGGAGGUCACUGGAAUGCACGAGCAGGAUCUGGUCAAGAUCAAGAUGCUAGAGAAAACUUUGGUCGCGGAACGUGCACGCUUUGAGGCAUCGGACUCGGGCAAAUCCACGGCCAGCACAACGCCUCUUGAACCCGCCCAUGAAGUUGCCAAUCUGAUCGAUGACUACAAGAAGCUCGUUCAACAAACCGCCAAGGAGACGGGUCGCCCACGCAACAGCUUCAUCCUGGAUCUGAUCGAGCGAAGUCAACGUUGCCAGCCAAAUUUGUGCCAAUUAAGCGAAGGCGUUGCCGCCUGUCGCUCCGAUAUGCUGCAGCUGAACAUGCUGCUCGCUGCUGCUGCUUCUGGUCCAGUGCAGGAGAGAGAGGUCAUGCCCUCGCUGAUGGAAGAGCUGCGCGCAGUGUCAGAGCAUUCUUAGGCAGAAGAAUGAAAUUCUUUAACCCAUAGUAGUCCUGCCAAUUUAGUUUCAUUUGAAUACCCUUGCGGAUGGUACUAUGAAUUUCAGUAAUUGCUAUAAAGACAUUUGAUCAGCAUCAAUAGGCGAACCGAUCUAGCCAUACUCCUAGGUUCGUCCAUCCGUCUGUUUCUUUUUUUUUUUUUUUUUUUUUUUACUACGGCCCUAGUGUUAGAGUUAUUUGGUUAAAAACAGGUAUUUGCAGCAUAAUCCUAUACAAAUGCACUUCAGUUCCAUUUUAACAAGCAUGUUUAAGAGAAAACCGCUUGUGUUUCCAAGGAUAUAUUAACAAAAACUGUAGUUUCAUAUGUUUUGGAUAAAUAGAUGAUGAAAUCAUAUGUAUAGAUUACAGGAAUGACCUAUUUGCAAGGGUAUAACAAGUUUCGCAGCCCGAAUCAACACUUCCUAUAUUGUUUUUGAUUCAAGUACUUAAAUGUUAUUUUUUGCUCGAAUAUCGUUCGAAAUUUUCAAUCUAAUAGGAUACUUAUGCUAGUCUGGCGAACCUGCCGAGAUUCUGCCUAGCAAAAUUAAGGGAAAUGUGUAUUUUGAGUUGCUUAUUGUUGUCGUUUAAUUUAUUUAGUACGAAUUUCUGUUCACACUUUUUUGUUGCUUAGUCGCUAGUUUCUAUUAACUUACCUAGAAGUUAGAUGCCAAUGUACGAGUAUAUACAGUUUGAUAAAUUAUUUACUAAAAUACUUCUAGAAUAACCGUAUGUAUUUAGUGUGGUCACAACAUUGUAUAUGCUAAGUCGAUAAAUAUUUUAAUAUACAUCUUACAUACACUUCUUAA